UCCUACAGUAUGGUACCCUCCAGAUAUUUUGGACUACAUCUCGCAGCAUUCCCGACAGCCUUCAUAACCUUCACUUCCAACCCUCCUUUGGACAGAAGAACAAGACCUCUGUAUACAUCCACAAGGUAGCUCUCUGUUAAUUUGACGCAUCAACUGUGUACAUUGUUGGAAAAAUGGUUAAUACUGGCAAAUGAAAAUAACUGGACUAGUCUUAUACUUCUUUCCUUGGAAUCAAAAAGAAUGAAGAAAGGCAUAAAUGAGAAGCCAGAGAAAAAUCGGCCAGUUAAAUAUAGCAAACAAACUGAUCUCUCUGCAUGUGCAGUAAGUAGCACAAAGAGCGUGGGCAGCAAAAGUACACAGAAACACGGAGAUCAGCAGCUAUCCGCUGGUGAGGACUGCAGCCAAGAGCCCCUUGAAGAAGCUUUGUGCUAUUUGGAGAAAAUUAAAAAUCGCAUUCCUCUGAAGAAUGAAGUUUUGCAGGUACACUUGAUGACUGUUGAAACGAUUGCCCAGGAGAAAGGAUUGACACCUGAAGCAAUUGACAGCGUGUUGAACAUAGCACUCAGUGGCAAAUUUGCUGAAGCAGUAAAUACUCGACUACUGAAGAAUUUGAUUCCUUCUUCAGCAAUAAGAGAGGAUUCUAUCAUUUCAGCUGUGUCGUGGCUCUGUGUUGGGAAAUGUUCUCGGAAUACUCAGGUGAUCUUCUUAAAAUGGCUAAUUGCAAUGUUUGACUUCAUUGAUCAGAAGGAAAAGAUCAAUGCCCUCUAUGGCUGCUUCUUCAGCUUUUUGCAAGAUGAGAAACUGCUUCCCUUUGUUUGCCAUGUGCUUUAUUUGCUGACCAGAAGAGAGAAUGUGAAACCUUUUCGUGUGAGGAAGCUCCUAGAUCUACAAGCCAGGAUGGGAGCAGAACCUCCUCUUCAAGCUUUGCUAUCAAUGUACAAGAGCUUUGCUCCUGAAAUGGUGUCUGUAACUCUGCCUACAAAUGCAAAGAUACGGUUUAGGAAUUCAGAGAACAUGUGGAAAACAGCAAUCAGCAAUGUAAAACGCCGAAUCUAUGGAAUGCCUACAUCCCAGCCAAAUUUAGUAGGCACUGGUUGUGUCCAGGCCCAGAAAAGAAAAUGGAAUGUGAAGUUGGCACUGCCUGUGUGCAGCAGCAAAUCUGGUUACUCAAAUGAUAGCCAAAAGUCUGACUACACCUAUCUCACUCACACCAAAUUCUUCCCAGUUGAGCAGUUGCGGACUUUUCCCCAGCUUUUGCAGAACAUCCGUUGUUUAGAGCUUCCUUCCCGAAUUGGUUCAAUCUUAGGAAGCCCUCUGUUGCUCCACUACAUCAACUGUGUCAAAGAUGACUCCAUUUAUCAGAGGAUGUAUUACUGGAUGGGCCAAACAUUCAGAGAAGAAUGCCCUUGGUAUAAGAUUGAAAACCAGCAAUAUGAACUUGAAUUUAAAGACUUCUUGGAGAAUGUCUUGGAAGCAGAGAGUUUCUUGCAGGAAGGCUUCUCAUCCUGUGAGGAAUUCUUGUACAGGAGCCUGCCGUUCUGGGAUGGCUGCUGCUGUCAGUCACAGGUUCUGCAGCUGGUGAGCUGGAUCCCCCUUAGCACUUUCUCAGAAAUGAAGCCUUAUCUCUGCAAGCCAUUGACACAGCUUUUCCUCACCUCAUCCAUUUAUUUUAAGUGUGGUGUUCUUGAAAGCCUGAGGGAGCUGUUACUGAACUGGCUAAACUGGCACAUUAUGCAAGCAGACACGGCAACAGGGUUGAAUGCAGAUACCUUAAACACCACCUUUUCUGGCCUGGUCAACUCUGUGGCAGAAUUCAUCCACUUUGUAGGCUGGCUCUCAACUCUGGCUCUGCGCUUAGAGAAGAACUCUGCGUUCUUGAUGCACUUCAUCCUGGAUUUCUAUGAGAUAGUGUGUGACGUAUAUCAGAAAUUCAACCUGCCAUUGGUUGUGAUGCCUCCUGCUGGAGUCUUUUAUCCAGCAUUGCUCAGCAUGGACUGUGUUACAGUUGACCGUCUCUGCCAUAUUAUGUACAGGUAUCGGACCAACUUGAUAGCUGCAAAGCAAAAUCAAAAGGCUAAAAAGACCAUGCUGCAAUUCAAGUUCAGUAGCCAGACUUGCAAGGAGUACAACCAAUACAUAACAGCCAUAGUCGGGUGCCUGUGGACCUCAAAUGUAUUCCAGAAAGAUAACCACCCUCAAGGGCUCAAUGUGGACCAAGCAGUACUAGAGAAGACCAGGGUGCAGGACUACAGAAAGGGCUUGAACAUAGUUUACCAUCCUGCCCUGACAGGUUAUGCUAUACUCUUCCUGAAGCAGGCAGAAUCAGAAGACAAAACCCCAAACUUAAGAUUAAUACAGGGCAAAAGGUGGGAAUGGUACCUGGAAUAUCUCUACGCGCAAGAGUUACACGGCCUAAAACUCUUCAUUGAAAGUAGCAUCAGUCGUGUUUCUCAGUCUUCUCUAAUGAAAGCAAGCAAAUGAAUGGAAACAAACUGAUUCUUACAGACUCCAACUACCCAAGCUAAAAUAUUAGAUGCUGUUGAACUCCCGUUUAUAAGAAGAGUAUCUCUCCAUAUCUUGGCCAUUGACACCUUAAUGGACAACCCAAGGCUGAACAGCAGGGGUGGAGCUGUAUGUUCUUGCCAGUUUGAUGGAACUUUCCAUCUUUUGGCAAAUGGCAGUUUUUAAACUGAAAAGUUUACAUGUGCACUCAAGUCAGAAACGGGGCUUACCGAAACAUCACUGUUUCAGUUCAGUACUGGAAAUACUAUGAAAGGUGGGGAUUAUGGUGACAAACAAUUUCCACAUUUUGGACAGAAGCAGUAUAACCUGUGUAGCACACAUACUGUUGGUCUGCGACAGUUGGAACACCUUGGUGUUACAUAUCAUCACAAAACCCCUGCAGCUGUUGCAGUGACUGGCUAAAUUCAUUUUUCCUGUGUGAUUUGUAGCUAUGUAUAUAUCUGUAUAAUAUAUAUUUAUAGAACAAAAUAUGAUCUGUAAUUUUAUGGUUACUGUUUUUAUUGUAUUAGCACUGAAAUUAGAUUAAGUACAGGAUCUCUUCUG